AAUGGCUUCGCAGAUGGCGCUGAUGUUUGAAGUCAACGUAUACACGAGUUCAAAGUUACGUUUAGUUAAUUAAUGAUAUUUAUUAUACAUUAAUAAAACAAAUAUAUCAAUUACGUAAUAAUAUAUUAAUGUAUUAACUGUCGUAUCUAGAUUUUUCUUUUUUACUGGAAAAAUGAGUGACGAAGAAGUAAUACGCCGAAGAUUACUGAUUGACGGAGAUGGAAUUGGAGAUGAUCGUCGAAUAAAUAUACUUCUAAAAUCAUUCAUAAAAUGGGCAAAUAGUCCAGAUGUAGACAACACUUUGCACGAAAGGAUGUUGUCCCAACUUGCUCAGUGUGAAUUUGCACAAAGAAAGUCCAGACUAGUCUCAAAUAUGAGUCAAGAAGAACUGAAGAGCUACGAACAGUUAUCAAAGGAAAUUGAAAUUCAAAUAGAAGAGGCUAAACAGGACAUUGAAAAAACGAAAGCAGAAUUGCAAGAUGCUAAACGUGUUAGGAAAAAUAGAAUAGAAUAUGAUGUACUAGCAAAAGUUAUAAACGAGCAGCCAGAUAGAGUAGAAACCAAUUUAAAGCUUGCUACAUUACGUGAAGAAUUAGGCAAACUAAAGGAAAAGUCUGAACAAUUGGAACACAAAUUGGAAAUGAGACGUAAACAAUUCCACGUUUUAAUAUCUUCCAUACAUUCUUUACAAGGAAUGUUAGAUGAGUGUGAUGAAAUAAUGGAUGUAAGUUUAGAAAAUUAUGAAGACACAGAUACUUCAACACCUAUAAAAACUGAAACAUCUUAAAACACAAUUAUUUUGUAAAUAUUUGUAAUUUGUAAUUAAAUACCUUAAUAUUCCUUAA